AUCCGCCUUUAGAGUCCAAACUGAGCGGCACCAGAGCUACGAAUACUGCUGUUUCCUCUCUGCACUUCCGUAGUGAGUGCGUGACGCGCAUGCGCUGCAGAUCUUCCUGCGACGUCAUCAGAAGACGAAGACGGCUCGUGAUUGGUUGUCGAGCUGUGACGUCACCGACGUGACUGUAAACGUCGCAGACAUGGCGGAAGUGAAAGUGUUUCCACUGUGCUGUGUGGUGCAGAACUACGCCUGGGGUAAAGUGGGUCUGGACAGUGAGGUGGCGCGGCUCGUGCUCGGUGGAGACUCUCAGGCUCUCAUAGAGGAGGCCAAACCCUACGCAGAGCUUUGGAUGGGUGCUCACCCCAAAGGUGACGCUCUUAUCAAAGACAACAGGAUAUCCCAGAGGACACUGGGACAGUGGAUUGCAGAUUUCCCAGGGUGCCUGGGGUCAAAGGUCAAGGACACAUUCCACGGGCAGCUCCCUUUCCUUUUUAAAGUGCUGUCCGUCAACACGGCUCUGUCCAUCCAGGCGCAUCCCAACAGGGAGUUGGCUGCCAGACUCCAUGCGCAGUUUCCUGAACAUUACCCAGACAACAACCACAAACCGGAGAUGGCCAUCGCACUCACUCAGUUUGAAGGGCUCUGCGGCUUUCGGCCAAUGGAUGAAAUCUUGGGCUUCCUCAAAAAUGUCCCAGAGUUCCGUGCGCUGAUCGGUAAUGAAGCUGCUGAGGAGCUCCAGAGCGCGGUGGGAGACCUGGACCGAACGUCUCUCGCUCUGAAGAAAUGUUUCACCAGAAUGAUGAACUGUGAGAAGAAGCUGUUUGUGGAUCAGCUCAACAUGUUAGUCAAACGAAUCUCAGAGGAAGAGGCUGCAGGCAAAGACACCUCAGCAAGUAAUGGAGAACUGCUGCUCCGGCUGCAUUCCCAGUAUCCGGGGGACAUCGGAUGCUUUUCCAUUUACUUCCUGAACCGUAUUGUGCUGCAGCCGGGGGAGGCCAUGUUUCUGGGGGCAAAUGAGCCUCAUGCCUAUCUGUCUGGAGACUGUGUGGAGUGUAUGGCAUGUUCUGAUAACACUGUACGUGCCGGACUGACUCCCAAAUACAUUGACGUGGACACGCUGUGUGAGAUGUUGAAUUACAGCCCGGCUCCGGUCAGUGCCAAAAUCUUCCCCUGCGUGCGGGACAACAGCGACCCCUGUGUCUACCUCUACGACCCUCCUGUGCCAGACUUCAGCGUCAUGAGAAUACAGAUCCCCGCCUCAGUGCGGCAGUACACUGUGAGCGCGCUGGAAUCUGCCGGCAUCCUGUUGGUUAUUGACGGAGAGGCCGCCGCCACGUCUGCUGCCGCCCUCUCUGACAUGACUCUGAAACGAGGCUCCGUGCUCUUCAUUUCAGCCAACGAGAGUGUCUCGUUACAGGUGACAUCAUCGACGGGCAUGACCAUGUUCAGAGCCUGCUGCUUACUGUAGGAGACGUCCGUUCAUAAACGUCCAGCGUCCAUCUGUUCUGUCCUAAUCAAAACCAACCGCUGAAACAAAGUUCAAGUAGAAACCAAGUUCCCAUGUUUUUGGCUUCAUCACAAACUUGCAUGAUGAAUAAACCCCUCUUUAGUCAGAAAUAAUGAUUAUUAUGAUGACAUUUAGUGUUAAAAUUAACCAAAAAAAAAAAAAAAAAAAAAAACUAAAUAUAAAUAAUGAAACGGUUUGAAUUAUGAUUAAGGUUCUGCAUGCAUGUUCUUUUGAAAUAUGUAAAAGUAUAUGAAUUCCUUUAAGUCAACAUGAAACGCUGUUCACAACCAUUUUACUUUAAUAAUGUGACAUAAUUACCAGGGUAUUCAAUCAGAAAAAAACAGGAAGGGAUUUGAUUGGAUGGUGAAAAGUGGGCGUUUCAGAAUGAGUUUAAACCACCAGCAUUAAAUGAAUUAUUGGUAGGGUUUUUAGAAAGGAUGUUUUACCUACAACAGUAACCUAAAUCAAUAGCUAACUUGGUAUUGGCUAACAACAUGCAGUAGUCCGCACGACUUUGGUGAUGUCUGCAAAAAUUCUGUUACAUUGUGAUGAAAGAUUACGAAGACAAAACAUUUUUUUUCUUUCAAAUAUCUCGCACUGAUUAAUCAUUAAUAAAAAGAACAGGAACGUCUUAUAGGGGCUAUAUGUAAGAAUUUCCGCUGUUUUAUUGCCAAUGUGUGAACAGAAUGCAACGAAACUUAAAAAACGACACCUUCCCCAUCUUCCUAGGUCGUCUAUGAAAGCCUGUAGACUGAUUUUUAUGUGAGGGACUCGGGACGUUUUUGCCGGGAAAAUCAAAAGGAUGCGACGGUUACGCGCGCUCCUGACAGCCUCUCGUCCGUUCUAUGGUACAUGAAAUGAAUGCUUGAUAAUGCCAAAAGAUUUAUUCUGUACUGUAAUGUCAGUGUGUCAAGCCAGAUCUCUGUCUGUAGUCUCGGAUAUACUUUAUAAUCAAAUUAUCAUAACAAUGUAAUUUUAAUUACCUCAUCAUCUGUCGACACGAUUAACUGCAGAGCUUGUGCAAGCAUAUCCACAUCGCUAUGAUCGGUUGUUUUCUGAACUACUGCUUUGUCACCGCUGUCAUUUUUGUUGUGUUUAUUUUGGUUUUGAGAGGAAAGUGUGCGCACAUGUUUACAUAUUCAUCUAAACGUCCCUCUCAGCCCAUUCACGCCAUGAACUAUAACUAUAAAGCUGACUAUAACGAUAACUAUAUUUGCGUCAACACCAAUGAACGAUAAGCAUAUCCCCGCUGAGUAUAUCGCGGCAUUGAAUCACGUUCAGUCUCUUGUACGUGACGUGUGCACGAGCACGAGCAAUAAAUUGCUGGCUGCAGUUCACUUAACGGCCACCAGUGUCGCUAAUAACAAUUGUUUCUGAAUUCUACAUAUAGCCUCUUUUAAAGAAAGUAAAUACGGUCAGUUGUGAUUUCAUGUUGACGCAUAAAUUAAACGCAUGAUCACGGAUGCAUGAUCACUCGCUAUUGGCUGCAAGAUAAUAAACAUUUUAUAAAAUUGAAUUUGUUCUUUUAGAGAUUUCUUUUGCAUAAGGACGUAAAAUAAAACCAAGAUGGAGGACAGUAACAAUUUUACUUUUACAUAAAAAUCUGGUAACGUAGACUUGAGACCAAUUUUAACGUUUUUAGACCUUUUUCAUGGUAUUACUGCUGAAGAACAACGUUGUUGCAGACAAUACUCUUCCAUGAAGAACUUCCAUGGUAAAACAAUUUAGGGUUUUAUUGAUCAAGUUCAAGUGACAGGCAAAAGUUUUGUGAUUUGAUUACCAGUGCAACUGAUUUUAAAAACCCUGUAACCUGAAAAAGUGUUUUCAUACAUGUGAAACUUUGUUACCGAUUUUUAUUCUCCCUUAUUAGUGACUGUACGGCUUGAUCUGUGGUUGUUUUAUUGCUGUAGUUGUAUUUGCACUACAAGUGUGGAGAGCACAAAGGAUGCUGGGAAUUACUGGCACCUGAUGUUUGUUUACUGUAUUUUUAGUGCCCUCUUCAGAUUCAUAUGUGUGAAACCAGAAGCCUGACCUCAAACCUGUUGGUUUCCGGGAUUAUUUCUAUAUUUUUUCAGCUGUAUUCUUCUGAAGUGUAAUGGGAUCAAAGCAUGCAUUUGACAGCUAAAGUGAGAGUCUGAAUGAUUGAAUGUAUGGCACUUUCUGAGCUGUAAUGGAGCAUGUGUCUGAUAAGAGGAACUCUGUAUGUAAUUGUAAUCCCUAAUAAAUAACGGUUCUGUAAUCUUU